UUUAACAUGAUGGGUUUAAGGCUUCACUUAUGUUUCUUGGCUUUGUUUUCAACUUUUUUAAUCUCAAUCCACGGCCUUGGGCCCCUUUGCCUGCCAGAGGAACAUGUUGCUUUAUUCAUCUUUGGAGAUUCAUUAUUCGAUGCUGGAAAUAACAACUAUAUCAACACCAUUACUGAUUACCAAGCAAAUUAUGAGCCAUAUGGGGAGAACUUUUUCAAGUACUCUACAGGGAGAUUUUCUGAUGGCCGUAUAAUUCCAGAUUUUAUUGCUGAGUUUGCAAAUUUGCCGUUCAUUACACCAUAUCUACAUCCUGGUUAUCAUCGAUAUACUGAUGGGGCAAACUUCGCAUCUGCAGGAGCUGGUGCUCUUGCUGAAACUCACCAAGGAAUGGUGAUAGAUCUAAAAUCUCAACUGAAUAAUUUCAAGAACUUGGAGAGUCUGUUGAGCAAAGAACUCGGUGAUGCAGAAGCAAAAAAAUUAUUGUUCAGAGCUGUGUACAUAAUUAGCGUGGGAAGUAAUGAUUAUGCAGUCCCUUUCACUAGGAAUUCUAGCAUUUUUCAAUCCUACACUCCAGAAGAAUACGUAGACAUGGUGAUCAGCAAUUUAACAUUUGUGAUCGAAGAAAUAUAUAAGAAAGGAGGAAGGAAAUUUGGGUUUCCAAACUUGUCGCCAUUGGGUUGUUUACCAUUGGCAAGAGCACUAAUUCCUGGAAACACAGGUGCAUGCAAGCAGGAACUUACAGCCCUAGCAAUAUUGCACAAUAAAGCACUCUCUGAAGUCCUCCAGAAGCUAGAUAAUGAGCUCAAUGGAUUCAAAUAUUCAAUAACCGAUACCUACACUAUUCUUAGUGAAAGAAUAAAUAGCCCUUUGAAAUAUGGUUUCAAGGAAGGGAAUAUUGCAUGUUGUGGAAUUGGUCCAUACAAAGGAAUUAAUAGUUGUGGAGGGAAGAGAUCAGUUAAAGAGUACGAAUUAUGUGAGAAUGCUAGUGAAUAUGUGUUCUUUGACACUGGUCAUCCUUCCGAAAAGGCCAACCAGCAAUUCGCAGAGCAAAUGUGGAGUGGAACUCUCAAUGUCACAGGACCUUACAAUCUUAAAGAAUUGUUUGAAGACAAAUGGGUGUAGAUUUGAUAAGCAUUAAGUGAACCAUAGAUGUUACUAUUAGAAUUUAAAUAAAAAAGUAAGUAUGGAUCUUAUUUUCAAACUAAAUUUAAUAAAUAGGUUCAAGAGUUCAAAUCGUCAUAUUGUGUAGACAAUUCAAUUUAUUUUUAUUUUUGUAAGGAUGAUCUAGCUAGUUCAUCGUGGUGACUAUAGUGUAGCAGUAUUAUGUACAUUUUUUUUUUUUUUUGGCUUGUAAAUAAACAUUUUAUAAUUCAAUUAUCUAAGGAUUUCAAUCUUUAA